AUGGCGGAACAAGCGAUCACACAGGGUGUUAUCAGGAGCAUCUUCGAGCCCGACGGCUGCUCUGUAGAGCACCCCGUGCUGCAAUGCGUGCAGAUCAAGACGAUGGAUCCCAAGGGUGGCGAGGGGGGUGGCGUUCAGCGCUUCCGUGUCGUGUUGAGUGACGUCCGAAAUUUCAUACAAACUAUGAUCGCGACGUCGGCAAACGAUAUCGUUCUUUCCGGAAAGCUCAAGAAAGGCUCCAUUGUCCGGCUCUUGAAGUUCAACCCUCAGCAGGUGAAGGAGAAGAAGAUCCUGAUCAUCAUGGACCUAGAAGUCCUCGACCAGUAUGGCGAGCACGACAAGAUCGGGCAACCAGAAGCCCUCGAAAACAUCAAGUCGGAGCCACAACCCGGCGCCAUCUCCGGCAACGGAUUCUACGGCUCGCGGCCCGAACAGCAGCAACAGCAUGCGCCGCAGCAACAACAGCGAUCGCUUCCCGUCCAUCAGAAUAACCAGGGUACCUCAACGCACCCUCAUCUGUAUCCCAUUGAGUCACUUUCUCCGUACGCGCACAAGUGGACGAUUCGGGCACGAUGCACACACAAAGGCGAUAUAAAGACAUGGCACAACCAGAAGGGUGAGGGCAAGCUGUUCUCCGUGAACUUGCUGGACGACACUGGCGAGAUCCGUGCUACAGGCUUCAAUGAGGUGUGCGAGCGCUUGUACCCAAUCUUUGAAGAAGGCAUGGUAUAUUACAUCUCUGCGCCGUGCCGUGUGACACUGGCAAAGAAGCAAUUCUCAAACCUACCCAACGACUACGAGCUUCAAUUUGAUAGGGACACAGAAGUCGAGAAGGCCGAAGAUCAAGACAACAAACCGCAAAUCCGGUACAACUUCACCAAGAUUGGCGAUCUCAACAAUGUUGAAAAGGAUACCACUAUUGACACCGUUGGUGUACUGAAAGAAGUUGGCGAAGUCAACACGAUCACUUCCUCAAAGACUAACAAGGACUUCAGCAAGCGAGACCUGACACUCGCUGACGACAGUCAAACCUCGGUUAGGCUGACUAUAUGGGGCAACCAAGCUCAGUCAUUUGACGCGCCUCUGGAAUCAAUCAUUGCAUUCAAGGGUGUCAAGGUUAGCGACUUUGGCGGCCGAAGUCUGAGUUUGUUGAGUUCCGGUAAUAUGACUAUCGACCCCGACAUCGAUGAGGCACACAAGCUACGAGGCUGGUUCAACGCCGUUGGCCAGAACGCUACAUUCUCUACUCACCAAAACCUCGCAUCCGCGGGUGGUGGUCAGAAGAAUGACACAAAACUCAUCUCCCAGAUCACUGAAGAUGAGAACUAUUUGCAGAUGGAUACUCCUUCAUACUUUAACCUGAAAGCGUCUGUCGUCUUCAUAAGGAACAGCCCUACGUUUGCUUACCCAGCCUGCUCUACAGAAGGUUGCAACAAGAAGGUCAUUGAAGAGAACAGUGGCGAGUGGUGGUGCGAAAAGUGCCAGAAGAAGUGGCCUGAACCGCUGUUCCGAUACGUGUUGAGCAUCAACGUCGCCGACCACACCGGUCAAAUGUGGUUGAGCUGCUUCGACGACACGGCGCGAACUAUCAUGGGUAUGUCGGCCAACGAACUGAUGAAGAUCAAGAACGACAGUGAAGAGAAUUCUACCCAAGAUUUCAGCAUUGCUAUGCAGGAGGGUACAUGCAGGACCUUCAACUUCAGAGUCCGCGGCAAGAUGGAGACGUACAAUGACCAGCCUAAGCCUCGGUAUCAGGUCUUGGGCAUCAACACACUGAACUAUGCCCAGGAAGCCAACAAGCUUGCACAGCUGAUCAAACAAUACGACAUGGAUGGGGACAGCCUCCGAGCCUCCGCACACACGAAAAAUAGACGACGAAGUCAACAAUCUAUCCACACCAACGCCUCACCGUCGCCUUCCCUAACCGACACAGCAAAAUCAGCCAAGAUGGUCAACGUACCCAAGACCCGACGAACCUACUGCAAGGGCAAGGACUGCAAGAAGCAUACCCAGCACAAGGUGACCCAGUACAAGGCCGGCAAAGCUUCGCUGUUCGCCCAGGGAAAGCGCCGUUAUGACCGCAAGCAGAGUGGUUAUGGUGGUCAGACCAAGCCCGUCUUCCACAAGAGGGCGAAGACCACCAAGAAGGUCGUGCUCCGUCUAGAGUGCACUGCUUGCAAGACCAAGGCACAGCUCGCCCUCAAGCGAUGCAAGCACUUCGAGUUGGGUGGUGACAAGAAGACUAAGGGUGCAGCCCUUGUCUUCUAA